AUUUGAUUUGGUUUUGACUUUCAUUAAUCUUCUUGCAAGAUAUGACCAUUCAUAUUCUUGGAGCUGGCGCUAUUGGUUGCCAUGUAGCGAGUGUGUUAAGAAAGCAUAAUCAUAAAGUGACCCUAUUGCUACGCUCCAGUCUUAAAAUGGAAGAAUUUAAUAAGCAUCACAAUAGAAUCACUUAUCGUUCUCGAGGAAAUAUAGAACACAUUUCUGGCGUCGAAGCAGUAAAAACAAAGGAAAACACAGAAAGAAUCACGUCUCUUAUUGUCACUACAAAAUCACAGCAUACAUUCGAGGCCGUUUCAUCUGUGGUCUCUCAGCUAUCAUCAUCAAGUACUGUCCUGUUUCUGCAAAACGGCAUGGGUGUCGUUGAUGAACUCCUGGAUAGCGUCUGGCGGGCGACAAAGCCUCCGUCAAUUAUCGUCGGAAUAAACAGACAUGCAAUAGAAAGGUUGGCUCCCUAUGACAUUCAACAUCAUUCAGGUUAUGAUGCUCCUGAAAGCCUAGUCUUAGCACAGCAUCCUGUAUCAGGCAAACCACUGGAUCAAUGUUUGGCACAAACUAUAGUAGGUAUACCCGAGUUUCGAGCAACGUUGUUGCCCUGGGAGCAAGCAUAUGUCAAGAUGAUCAAGAAGCUCCUUAUCAAUUCAACCAUCAAUCCAGUUGCGACUAUACUUGGUUGUAAAAACGGAGGAGUGCUGCAUCCCCAUGCGCAGACAAUCAUGCGAUCUAUUUGCGAAGAAGCUUUUGAAUUAUUUAAAGAUGAUUUACCAGAUGAAACUUUGGAUUCAACCAUGAAAAUGGUUCUUGAAAUGGCAUACGAGGCAAAAGAAAAUACAUGUUCGACCUUACAAGACAUAAAAAACAAACGAUUGACAGAGAUUGAUUAUUUCAAUGGGUAUAUUUGUAAGCUUGGGAAGCAGAAAGGCAUAUCUACAAAAAUGAACGAAACUAUUGUUAAUUUUAUUCAUGCCAAGGAAGACCUUUUUUAAUAAAAAUAGCGUUUUUCUUUUGGGAAUCAUUUAGCACACGCGAAAAUACUGAUCUAUCAAAUGGCUGGUAAGCCACGAUUCUAAGCGUGUAUUAUAAUUACUAAUGGUUCUUGAAUUCAUAAAGAAAGUCUAAUUG